UUCAGUUCACGUGUAUUAGCACGCGACCAAGAUAUCGCCAUGUAUCGCCUUGCCAAGGCUGCUUUCAACCUCUCCAGUCAAAGUGCCGGUCAGGUGGCUGUGCGACACAAGUCUGAUCUAUCCCAAGACCUUCAUGCAAAAUAUGGAGCCCCUCUGCUGAUUUCUGGAGUCACAUUUUGCACGGCUGUUUGGGCAUAUGUGAUCACAUCGACAGGCAUCGCAUGGAACCUGUCACCUGUAGGCAAGGUGCAGCCCAAGGAAUGGAAGGAGUAAUAAACACAUUCCCCAAUGUGGAAAUAGAGAAAUAACAUUGUAAACUUUUCCAUUUCAAAAAUGGAUUUUUUUUUAACCUAAUCCAAUCUCAUUGCGCGGUCUUGGCAUAUCUGUAAAAAUGUAAUAUAUUAAGUAACAAUCUUAAGAUUUGUCAUCUUGAUUACUUGUUGUUAAAGAAAUUGGCUCUGUUACAUUUCUAUCCAAAGCUAUUAGUGUUGGACUGUGUCAAGUGGCUGAGGUAAAUUAAGAUAUUUUGAAAUGUGAGAGUUUGAUGGUUUGAUUUGAACUUACUUUACACACAAAUCUCAUAUAUUCCCUUAAAGGGAUAGUUCUCUCAUUGACAUUGAUGCCCUCAUGCCUUCCCAAACUCAUAAGACUUUCUUUUCUUUCUUUUUUUUUUUUUUUUUUAUACAAAAAAUUAUUUAUGUGUUUUUGUCCAUACUGUGCAAGUCAAUGGGGUCCAAAACUUUCAGGCUCCAAAAAGGAAAUAAAGU